AUCUGUCCACACUUGCCAGUGUUGUGACAACUUUAGCAACAAUGGGCAAGGAGGAGAUCCUGUUGGAUGACUUUUCUGGCCACCAGUCAUCUUCACCAUCCCAGAAUAAUGAUGUCAAUCAUUACACACAGGAGGCAGCGGUGAAAGCUUUUGAAGCGUUAACCAAAUCUGCACACAGUUCACAAAGUCGAGGUAGUGCUGUGUAUGAACAGGUGGAGUCAAGUUUUGAACAGACAGUCAACAGUGAUGGAGAAAGUUCUCUUCUGGUAGAAACACAAGGUCCAUUGCUAACAGAGAGCGAUUUUGCCUUCAUAUUAACUGCGCCUUCACCCAUGCCUUCAUAUUUAAACAUCCACUACAUUUGUGAAAGUGCUUCACGGCUGCUGUUUCUGUCGAUGCACUGGACACGAUCCAUCACAGCUUUUCGUGAUCUCAGUGUUGAUCUGCAGACUGUUCUAGUGCGGUCCUGCUGGAGUGAGUUAUUCACUUUGGGUCUGGCCCAGUGUUCGGCAACAAUGUGUUUGCCCACUAUGCUGGCUGCCAUUUUGAAUCAUCUACAAGGUAGCCUACAACAGGGAGAUCACACAAAUCAAGACAAAGUAAAGAAUGUUAUUGAACAUAUCAUUCGGCUCCAGGACUAUGUCACACAUACCCAGAGCCUGAACAUCUCAGAUGCAGAAUUUGCCUACCUGAAAACAUUAGUUCUCUUUGCACCUGAUAAUCCAAACGUUAGAGACAAGAACCUGAUAAGCCAUCUUCAGGAAAGAGCACGCCGGGAACUCAUGCAGGCGUGCUGCUCACCUGGGAGUUCUGAGAGGGUAUCUCAGCUUCUUCUUCGACUAGUCCCACUAAAAACCUUUGUACCCGCCAUCUUAGAAGAGUUAUUCUUUGCAGCGCUGACAGGCUCUGUGCAGAUUGACAAUAUAAUCCCGUACAUUCUCCGCAUGGAGACCGCUGAAUACAACCUUCAGAUGACUGGCCAGACUGGAGCUGCUGCAGUUGCUGGCAUCUCUGGGGUUAUGGGAGUUCCUGCCCUGCAUGACCCCGAUUCCCAAAACCAGCCAGGGAGUGUUCAGAUAGUUCUAGAUUCUCAACAGGAUGGCUCUUAUGGGUGCUCUGGAGGUGCAGAGGUAGUUACAAUGAACAGCGAAGAUGUCGGAGUAUCACCAACUUCUUGGAGUAACUCUAAUUGUGAGGUGGCACAUGUCAUGACUACCAGCUCUGGUGGCCUAUGUAUGCAACGAACUUCUUUGUCGGAUUCCAAUCAGGUGUAUACUAUCUAUAAUGAUGUUGUUUCCACCGCUCAGAUACACAGUUCAGCUUCGGCCACCACCUGA